UUACUAAUGAGAUGGGAGAAAUACCACUGAGGCAUAGAUGGAUUAAACUUGCUUUGCAUAACUGGAUUAAGUUUAAAUGAUCUAGUGUAGAUCACCCUGCUAAGCAUCCUAUUGAGGACACAUGGGAAGUGGACAUGCAAGGGCAGAAAGAGGAGAAAAGCUCUUAUUAAUUGUGCAAGUAUGCAAUGGGGAAAGCUACAAUUAAAGGGGAAAAGACAUGGCUCCUUCAACCUGCUGGUCUGUCAUCUCUCCUUGGUUUCUUCUGGAUCCUGUAAUAGACCUAGCUGUGUUAGGAAAGAACAGAACUGACACAGAGGGCCUCUUACAACUAUACAGCUGUGGCCUCACAGAGAAGUCCUGUGAAAUUGUGGCCUCUGCUCUCCAGUCAUCAAAUUCACCCCUGAGAGAUCUGGACCUCAGCAACAAUAACCUGGGAGAUUCAGGAGUGAAGCUGCUCUGUGCUGGACUGAUGAGUCCAAACUGUAAACUAUGGAGACUUGGGCUGGGUUGGUGUAAUAUCACAGAUGGCUGCUGUGAUGUUCUGGCCUCAGUCCUGCACUCUCCUCACUCAGAGCUGAGAGAUCUGGAGCUCAGAGACAAUGACCUGCAGGAUUCAGGAGUGAGAGCGCUCUCUGCUGGACUGGAGGACCCACACUGUAAAGUGCAGAGACUGGGGCUGUCAGGCUGUAGAGUCACACAGAGAGGCUGUGAUUCUCUGGCUUCAGCUCUGUGUUCAAACCCCUCACACCUGAGAGAGCUGGACCUGAGAUACAAUCACCCAGGAGACUCAGGAGUGAGAGCG